GUGCCUGUACAGUGUGUGGCAGAGGCUCCGUGGAAGAGGAGCGGAGCGCGUGGAAAAUGUACCCGGGAAUCAGCGCCUGAAAGCCCACACCGUGAGACUGACGGUCCAUCGAUUCUCUCUGGAUCUGGCACAUCUCAAAACAAGCCAUCAUGAUUCCUGUGAUGGAGUUUCGGCAGUUCUCAGAGCAGCAGCCGGCGUUCCGGGUCCUGAAGCCGUGGUGGGACGUGUUCACAGACUACCUGUCAGUCAUCAUGCUCAUGAUCGGGGUGUUCGGCUGUACCCUGCAGGUCAUGCAGGACAAAAUCAUCUGCCUUCCUCGGAGAGUCACUUCAGAAAACACAAGUGAGAUCGAGGUGUUACAUUUUGAGUCUAAUGUUUCUACUGUGCUGAGAGAAAUGAAAGGCCUGAAAACCAAUCUGGACCUCCAACAAUACAGCUUCAUCAAUCAAAUGUGUUAUGAAAAGGCUCUCCACUGGUACGCCAAAUAUUUCCCAUAUUUGGUCAUCAUCCACACUGUCAUUUUUAUGGUGUGUAGUAAUUUCUGGUUCAAAUUUCCUGGAUCAAGCUCCAAAAUAGAGCAUUUUAUCUCCAUGCUCGGAAAGUGUUUUGAUUCACCGUGGACGACCCGAGCUUUGUCCGAGGUGUCCGGAGAAAACCCUGAAGAUAACGAGAACCAAAAGAGCUGCAUUACCAAAUCUAAUAUUGCCAUGUCUCCAGGAGAGGGCAGCCUGGAGAAGACCCAAUCUCUUCGGUCGAUACCUGAAAAGAUUGUAGUCGACAAGGCAUCGGCUAGCGUACUGGACAAAAAGGAGGGCGAACAAGCCAAAGCACUGUUUGAGAAAGUAAAAAAAUUCCGACUGCAUGUUGAAGAAGGAGAUAUUCUCUACCUCAUGUAUGUGAGACAAACUGUUUUCAAAGUGAUCAAAUUUUUACUAAUCAUCGCGUACAACAGCACUCUUGUGAAUAAAGUGCAAAAUAGAGUUCGUUGUGAGGUUGAGAUACAAGACAUGACUGGCUACAAGCAGUUUCAGUGCAAUCAUACAAUGGCACACUUAUUUUCAAAGCUAUCCUAUUGCUAUCUGUGCCUUGUUGCUGUCUACGGAUUAACAAGCCUCUACACAUCUUAUUGGUUGUUUUAUCGAUCUCUGAAAGAAUACUCAUUUGAAUACGUACGCCAGGAAACAGGAAUCAGUGACAUUCCGGACGUUAAAAAUGACUUUGCUUUUAUGCUGCACAUGAUCGACCAGUAUGACCCGCUAUAUUCGAAAAGAUUUGCAGUGUUUCUGUCAGAAGUGAGCGAAAACAAAUUGAAACAGUUGAACUUGAACCAUGAAUGGACCACGGAGAAGUUGCGGCAGCGGCUUCAGACCAACCCGAAUAACAGGUUAGAACUUCAGCUUUUCAUGCUACCUGGUCUACCUGACACCGUUUUCGAGUUGACGGAGUUGCAGUCGCUCAAACUGGAAAUCAUCAACAACGUCACGAUAUCCGCGUCAGUCUCGCAACUGGAAGAUCUUCAGGAGCUGUCUCUUUACCAAUGCUCUUUAAAGAUGCACACGACAGCUGUCUCUUUCCUCAAAGACAACCUCAAAGUGUUGCGCGUCAAGUUCGACGACAACAGAGAGUUUCCGAACUGGAUGUAUUGUCUGCGCAACUUGGAGGAACUUUACCUUAACGGACCUUUGAGCACAGAUGCAUCAAAAAAUAUCGUCUUGGAAUCUUUGCGAGAAAUGAAAUGUCUGAAAAUCCUCUCCAUAAAAAGUAACUUGACCAAAAUACCCCAAUCAAUCGUAGAUGUUUCAAGCCAUUUGUUAAGGCUCUACUUGCACAAUGAUGGUACCAAGUUGGUCAUGCUCAAUAACUUGAAGAAAAUGACAAACCUGACAGAGCUGGAAAUUGUGCGAUGUGAUUUAGAAAGAAUUCCACAUGCAAUAUUCAGCCUUACGAACCUGCAAGAAAUAGAUCUGAAAGAAAACAACCUUCGCUCCAUUGAAGAAAUCAUCAGUUUUCAGCAUCUACGCAAGCUAACUUGCCUUAAACUUUGGUAUAACAGCAUCAUGUAUAUUCCAGAGCAUAUCAAGAAGCUAAGUAGCCUUGAACGCCUCAACUUCAGCCAUAAUAAGAUUGAGAUUUUGCCUUCACACUUGUUCCUAUGCAACAAGCUUCGCUGCCUGGAUUUAUCCAACAACGAUAUCCGAUUCAUCCCUCCAGAAGUCGGCGUGCUACAGAGUCUACAGUACUUCUCAGUCACGUGUAACAAAAUUGAAAAUCUGCCUGACGAACUAUUUUUUUGCAAGAAACUCAAAACGUUAAAGUUAGGGAAAAACUCACUAUCAAUAUUAUCACCAAAGAUUUCGUACCUAUCAGCACUGGCCUACCUGGAUUUAAAAGGGAACCAUUUUGAGGUGUUGCCACAGGACCUGGGGUACUGCCGGGCUUUGAAACGCAGUGGACUCAUUGUGGAAGAGACUCUUUUUGAAACUUUGCCCUCAGAUGUUAGAGACCAAAUGAAGGCGGAGUGAAGCGCCUAAUUGUAGUUUUAGUGUAGCCAUAGUGCCUGCUGCCUUCAAUGCCUCCUCAGUAUUCGUUUUACUGCAUAGACACUACUGCUCUUUCUAAUUAAAAUAUAGUGUUAUUUUAGUAUAAAGUAUUACUAAUUGGUUUAGUCAGUUUUUUAUUUAUUUGUUAAUUAUGAAAUGUAAAGUCAGAAAUAACAGUUGUACAAUGCCCUACAAUAUAUUGACAUCCCAGAUAGAUAUGAGCAAAUUAUGAACUUGUGAAACUUAAAAAAAAAAAAAAAAAGGUUUUAUAAUUUAAAAAUAACUUAAAAAAUAGAAAUGUGAUAUUUUUAUAAACAAAAUGCUGUAUGUCCAUUCGUACUUCACAUGCGUUCACAUUUUUUAUUAUUAUUAAUUUUUUCAGUACAGAGGAUACAGAAAAAAAGGAUGCGUUAUGUGUGUCUAUAUAGGUUUCACAAUGUUGAAAAUCUAGCAUUGUUGCCAUAGCAUUUAACAAUUCAAAACAAAGAUCCUCAAAUAUCACCUAUCAGCAGUAAGCCAAAACCCAUGAGUAUUGUUCUAUUCUUCUAGGGCUGUAGUCAACAGAAAUCUAUGGUUGAUUAAUGACAUGUGGACAUGACAUGUGCCGAUCGAGUAGUUGACUAAAACGCGGUGUGGAAUUAGCUCUCAAAACUAUGUAUUUCUAUACAAAAUAAUCUAUUUAUGCAGAAAGGUUACUUGGACACAAUGCAUUUCAAUAAAGACAUUAAACAUCAGAGAAUCAUAAGGUUAAUCCGCCAUUUUACUAAAUACCAAAAAAUUCAAAAUAUUCAGCUAACUCACUCACUAACUUCUCUCUGCUGCUGUCGCAUGUAAAUCCUUAUUAUCUAAAUAAAAUGAUUAGUUGACUUAUACGCAUUUUAGUCAACUAAGACACCAUCGAUCAAUUGCCAAAAGACUAAAGUCCUACAGUUAUGCAAGGAUGAUUUGAGAGUUCCAAAAAUCUUCUUUUUUUUUUGUUUGAAAUAGUUCAGCAAAAUUAUUUGAGGGCACUGUAAAACUAAUUUCAGUAUCUUAUCAAAGUUCAAAAUGUACUGUAAAUGCACAGUAAUAAGAGAGUUGUUACAAUGUGUUUAAUAGGCUAUAUCCAACUGUACUUCUGCUCUCCUCCAGUGUGUGGGGCUGCUGCUCAAUAUGACUAGUCCUUUCCACAACCCUGCAAAAACACUUCCAUGAAUGCACUAGAGCUAGAGCUGUGUUUUUCUGUCCUGCUAAACACUUGCAUUGUUGUUUCAAUACAUUUGACUUAAGACUGUUACUCUAAAUGGAAAAAAAGGUGAUUGCACUGCUAGACGUAUGCCUUAGCUACUAUAUCCAAAGAAGCUGUUUAAACUGCACUAGACUUGAAGCAAUGUAUUACAUUUCCUAAUGUGUACCCUAUUAUUGUGCAUUAUGUUUUUCUGUUGUUUUUUUUUAUUAUUAUUAUUAUCGUCAUUAACUAGACAUUGAAUAUAUAUUAAUGCCACCUGAUUAAACAUGACUCAUUAUGUCAAGUUUUUUUUUUUUUUUUUAUUAUUAUCGUCAUUAACUAGACAUUGAAUAUAUAUUAAUGCCACCUGAUUAAACAUGACUCAUUAUGUCAAGG